AGAGUCCCUCCUACCUAAACAGAUCAACGAAACUUUGAUCUGGCCAAUGAAAAUAGUCCCUUCAAAAAAUAUCCUAAGUCCAUCACGUUUUUCAAGUGGUGCGAAAAUUAAACGGUAGACUGCCCAUCACUUUCUAUUAGGCUGUGGAUCGAUUGGCAGACGCAUUUUGCACUGUUCAACGUUCUUGCGGGAAUAUGUCGGGAAAGAGGCAGUUUACUUGGCAAGAGCUUGCCAGUUUGAAUCUGGAACAUAAUGCACACAUCGCAAUUAACGGGAAGGUAAGAAAGGCAUCGCGAGGUCCUUACUAUAUAAUUUCGCUUAAACUUCAACUACAUGCAUCCAAUAUUUCGUGAUUAACGAGGGACGCUGAUUCUUUGCUGCUGAAGUACAUUCCCCAAAAUGGGAUUUGGAAAUCAUUUUCGAUCAAAAUGGAAGUAUUGCAGUUGGAUGUUUGCAAAGUUCUUUUUAAAGCACUGUCGAACGAGUUUUGACCAUCAUAUCUGAAUAUAUCUUUACUAUGUAAUUUCGUUUAACUUCAAUUACGUCCACGCAAUAUUUCAUGAUUAACGAGGGACACUGUUUUUUUGCUGCUGUAGUAUAUCCCCAAAAUGGGGUUCGGAAAUCAUUUUCGGUCAAAAUGAAAGUAUUGCAGUUAUGUGUUUGCAAAGUUCUUUUCAAAGCACUGUCGAACGAGUUUUGACCACCAUAUCUGAAUAUUUAACACACUUUAUGGUUGAUUGAAUUCAAAGCUCAUACGUGUAUGUAUCAUGGGAUCCAUUUAGGCCAGUCACGUCCUACCGCCUUCUGUUUAGCUUGAAGGCAGGCUGUCGUGUUUAAGUUUCGCCUUAGGUCCCCUUCCGCGGCACGGCCGCGUGUUACACCAUCAUCAGCCGAAGUUGUUGAAGCCCCGGUGAAUAUCGAUCUCCCGCAUGGAAUCAAGCAUUUGCAUGUCGGCAAGCUCAUGAACCACCAACGCAUCACGAUAUUUGCUAAUGUUUCGCUGGACCCAAACUUCCGAUGAAGAACGGACUUGUUCAAGAAAACAAACAACAGAAAAUAAAAGAUUUAUUUGAAUUUGCUGUACAGGCGAAGUGUUUCGUUGAGACAUCACACAAUCAGUGCAAUCAAGAACUGCUUUUGAAAGCUGUAUUGUAUUUCCUAAUCACUGCUUUUGUAGCUGUACAAUAUGCAAAUAACAACAAAUGUGUCGGGAAAACAGGGAAUGAGUUGAACGCAUGCGUAGACGCGCUAAAUAAUAGGCCGCAGUGAGAGAAAAUACACGCCGGCUGCCCCGCUUUGACUCUCGAAAUGCCUCAGAAAUGCUAUAUAAACACCUGAUGAAAUUACGGAUGAACGUAUUUAAAUAUAUUGCUUUUGCACAAUCCACUAUGAACGUCGCAUUCUUGUUCGUUGUCGCUGUUAUGGUCACGAUCUCUGUAUGAAAAGACCUUUUAAGAGUGACUUACUACAUUAAUCUGAUCUGGAAAGGGAAUUGGACUUCAGCGGGGAAAAGGAAAUUGAGUAGGUCAUGAAAUAGAUUUUUCAAGAUAACUCAAAAAGCUUCUAUGAAAAGCGUAAUGGAGUCAUCUUGCUUAUUUUACAUGUACGCCUGGCUAUUCAAAUGAUAAUUUUUUAUGCUCAAAAAUACUAUGUUGAUGAUUAGGAACAACUCGUUCCUCAUUGCAUUUUGGGGUCUGCUGACUCGCUGAACCUAAGGAGGUAAACUUUUAACCUCAAAGGCAAGAUGUACUGCACACAUCCAAAUCACACAAAAUUAUAGGUUUGAUUGAAUUCUCGUUUCUUAUCUUCUUCCUAAGGUUUAUGAUGUAAGUAAAUUCCUUGCUCGUCACCCUGGUGGUAAAGAUGUCUUGUGUAUGGCUGCAGGAAAGGACGUUACCAUUGUUUUUCAGUCAUAUCAUGCCUUCAGCGACGUUCCAACAAAGUAAGUUGUAGUGUUAUAGUUGAAAUAAAUACAUCUAGUAAGCUGGACUGUCUUCAAGGAGAUGCAACUGAAUCUCGGAGUUUCCUGCUUUAGGAAACAUUUGUCACAAAGCAGCUAAGCUUGCUGUAGUGUUCAAAUAAAGUUAAUUAUGAUGUCGUCUCCUUUUUUCAGGAAGGAGUAUUUCUUAAAGUAUAUCACAAAUAUUCGCUCUUGCUGUGGCUAGUCCCAGCUAAUACCUUCGUACAAAAAUCGUGGGGAUACUGUGACUGUACCUUUCAGCCUCAAACACAGAUUUUUCUCUCACUUGGGGCACUCAAGACUGAGCUCCCGUCAUUAUUCUUACAAUGACAUUUUAAGCCUUGCAAGCGGAGACAUUAAAUUCCUUCAUUAUCUUGGGUAAAACGCGAUCAGCAUUGAUAGAACGUGCGACACCAUCCUUAAAAUCAUUAGGCCGGAUCUUGUGGUCUGCUGUUAAAAAAAGGUACAUCGUACAGGGUCAACUAUGCUCCAUCCACAACCAGAUUGGUUUAAAUCUUCGAGUGACUUUCUCUUACUUUUUGUAGCCCCCUCUUAUCUUACACAGCGAAAUGCGUGGUCCAUUAUGCUUCACUGCUUCACAUUCCUGUGGUUUAUAUGUACCACUCUCAAGUAAGCCAGAAAAAGCCUAUGAAAGAGUAUGUCGAAGAGAUUCUGCAAUGUCCAAACAAAGCUUCGGCAACAGGUCGCGAACAAAGUCAAUUAACCGCGUAAUGUAGACGGAGUGUAACAUCUGUAAAAUGAUGUGGCGACCUGGGCGAGGCUUUUAUGUCAGAGAAACACUAGUCUUUCGCCGUGACGCAAGUUUUUCCUUAUCUAGCAAUCUAAUAUAGGGCUGCUAUUAACUGGCAUCUCAUUGUGAUUACCCUGUGUUUUUUUCCCCCAGAAUGCUAGAGAAGUUCUAUGUUGGUGAUUUGGUUUCCGCGCAGUAUCCUACUUUCCCAGAACCUGGGUAAGUAAAGGUUCUACCACAGUUAAGGAAAAUAUGUACCUCUAAGAAAAGAAAGAGCAAACAAAAUAACAAAAAUUGAUGGUGAUAAAACUUUAAACUUUAUGAGGAGGGGGGCACCCGGUAUGUCAAUGGCCACAGAUGUUCUUUGUGUCUUUUUUUGACAGGGCUUUUUACAACACAGUAAGAGAAAGAGUACGGAAACAUUUCGAGGACACAAAACAGGUAAAAAUGCGGUUGCGAAAACUUUAUAUCGAAGUAAAUGUUGUCAACAUAAAAAUUGUCAAAGAGGAAAUUUGUGCUGCUCCAUCAGGACAAUCCAUUGCUCUAAAAUUAUUGCUCUCUGCAGCCCUCUGAGAGCCCUGUGACAGCCCUGUGACAGUUCUUUUCAGAGGUACCUUUUUGUCUUUUUGGCCCGGUAUAUUUAACCCACUAUCUCAACCGAGAAGAUUUAUCUUACUGUAAAGUUUCAAAAAAAAGUGAACAGCUGGGAAUAUUGUGGAAGAGCUAUGUAAGAAGAUGAGUCCUGAUCAUGAUGUUGGUAGCAAUUCAGUACUUAAAAAGACAGUCCUCGAACUCGUUUUUGAGUUACAGGCUCAUAAAGCUAAAAUAAGAGAUGAAAUUUGAUAGGUCACGACUGCUCAUGACUUGUUAAGAACUAACUGGGCAUAAUUAUUCUAACGAAAAACGAAAGCAGUCAGAAGCAAGGAUCCAUCAUAGAAAUGGAAAUUGACAAAAAUGCGAAACUGAUUUGCAAGAGUUGUUCGUUUAAAUUAAACGUCUCCUUUCCUUUCCUUUUCAAAUUGAAAAAAGGCCACAGCUAACGAGCAACAAAAAAUUGCUGUGCUCUCAGUCUUCUUAGAAACGGUCAAUUUGAUAUUUGGGUGAAUGAAGACUCGGUGGUCUGUUAGGUUGGGCUUGAAAUCCAGGCCGAAUAAUCUGGGCCCGCGCCCUGUGAUGUGUUCGUGGGCUAGUCACUUUACUCUCACGGAAACCUUCUCCAGCACGACCAAAGAUCAGGGUUACUUGGCGAAAUCCUGGGGUGAGAGAGUUAAGCGGACCAGCCUCACAUCAAAGGGAAGUGGCAAGUCUGUUUGUCUCUUCAUGCAAAUUGGUGUAAGCUCCAACUGCACGGGGAACAAACUUGAAACUCGUUAGCCUAUCUAACUUCUUUAGCUAGCCCUUCCAAAUCAGGCAUACAGAUCACUAUCUCAUCUUAACUAAGACAUUCUCCUAGCCCACAGUUUCAGAAUAAUGGAAAGAAACCUGGAUUUCAAAGAGUUGUUCGUAGAGUCUGCAAAUAACUUUGUUUCCAUCUAUUUGUGAUAGGAUCCGAAGAUAUCGGGAUGGAUGUGGUUGAGGUACUUUCUCGUGUCAGCGAUGACGAUCCUUCUGUGGUUUGCACAGGUAACGGUUUUUAUUCAAAUACUUUUGAUCCUGCAGUCAUUAUUAUUCUUGUUAUCGUUAUCAUCUAUUGAACGAGUGGAAGAAUUUAAAAUUGACGGAUACUGACAUGGAACACAUACGGCUAAAGUUUGAGGGAGUCCACGUAACGAAAUUCUCAGUUUGGAUGAAGUUGUCAUCGAUAAUGGCUAGAUCUAUUGGUCCUUGAUUAUUCUUAAUUAUAUGUGCUGAAUUUUUUUCAUUUAGAUAUUCUUGUCCGCACAAAAUUUCUUCUUUGCUUGUGUUGCGGGAUUUUUGCAUGGAUGGUUCACUGCCUUAGUAGCCAUGUUAAACGCUCAUGAUGCGAGGUAAAUAAAACCAUGUAUUGUUAUCGUUGUAACCGACAGAUAAGACACACUGUAAAGCAGUACCAUAAGAACCAAAGGAAAACCACUGGGGAGAAACUACACUACUAUUGAUUAUGAUAGGCCAUCACUGAAUAAAAAACAAGUUAUGGAACUUACAGUAAAGCAAUACCCGCUAUCUUCUUUAGAUAUUUUUUGAAGCCAAGUGAAGCAACAAUGGCUCUAUAUCGUUUUCUCACAAUAGCGUUCCUCUGCUGAAAACAGCAGAUACGACCAUUUGGUGACGGGUUACUUUUCAAGUGAUCAUUUAUAAAGUACUCUAGAACCCUCUAGAAGAGAAAAAGUGAUUCUGGCGGUAGAGAUACAUUAGCUUUAGAAUAUUCUAAACGGUUCUUAGCUAUGCGAUAAAAAAGUAUUAAUCAUAUUAUUGGAUUGAUAAUUUAAAAAUUUUAUGAAACGCCUUGUUUACAGUUACUCUCCAUAACGUAGCGAAUUUCAGCAAAAUAUAUGUAUUUUCAAGAAUUCUAGAACUGUUUAUGCUAAAUGCACAUGAAAAAGUUUUGCUCAGUUCGGCUGCAAGCUGGUUUGAAUGCGGGCCUCAUUAGCCCAAUUUGACAAAUCGGAACAUUUAAGUAUAUCGACGUCCACUCUUGAAAUCUAACGGAUAUUUCUUUCCAUGUUAUGUUUCAGUCAUUUUGCUGUGACAAGUAAUCCUCUUGUAUGGAGACUGGUUGGCCAUAUGCAUGACUAUUUGAAUGGAGCGUCGUACUACGUUUGGAUAUUUCAGGUAAGUAAUAAAACCUAUAUAUUCGCUCGAAGUUCCAGCUUAACUUGAAGGGUUCGCUUCAACCUUCUGGUUAUUUUAACAAAUUUUAGCCUUUGUUUCACAAAACCGCGUUCUAAGCCAUCUUCAGUUCAGCCGAACUUUUUGUCUAAACGUUUAUAUUUGUGAACAGUAACAAGAGGGCCGGAAACUAAUUGUGGAAGGACAUUCAUUUAAUGAAAUCAACCCUCUUAAAGAGAAUCCUUGAGGCCCUCUGCUUGCGUAAAACUGAGGAUUGGGUUAGACCUCGUGUGAAUAACCUGCCCUAGAAGUUUUCAAGUUAGAGUUGUCCGGGUUGUGAGCUGUUUCUGCCACUAUGACUUUAGUUGGUGCGACACCACUCUUAAAAUCACAGAAUGUCCUUUUGGUCAGUUUCUGUAAAAGGUUACAAUAAGAGUUCGCCUGAAAUCGUUAACUCUUGACUAAGACUGUGAAAAUUCCUUAAAAAACACAUAAUUUAGUGCAGUUUGACAUGACAUAAUAGACAUGGUUUUAGACAUAUUUCCAAACGUAACACCUCAUGCGUGACUGUAGUCACAGUUCUAAGUUUUGUUUAAGACAUGACUGUUCUAAAGGUGCCAGACUUGUUUCCAGACAGGGUUUCAGACAUGGUUACAGACUUGUCUCGACUUUCUCAGAAGUAGUUCUAACCAAAAUUGUUGUUUCUCUGGAACGUUCCAGAAAUGGUUUUUAAAAUGGCUGUACAGGUUAUCCAAGCCAGGCGUUUACACAUAAUCCCAAAACUUGACUCCUGAUGUGGUCACACGCAUGGUUUUGGUGGUUCAACCCAUUUUGCCAAACAUGGCUCUCAUAUAAUUUUAGACUGGUAGUUCAGUAAAGGUUCUUUAAAAACAUUCUCCCAAAAAUUAUAAUUAGGAAGCUUGCUUUUAAUUACGCAUGGCUCAAGAUAUGGUUCCACCAAGAAAUGAAAUUUAGGCCUCAAGUUUGUCAAUUUUUUUCGUGCAAGUUGGACUCCAUCGAGCUAUUUUUUAUGAUCUCGGCCUUUUCGAUCAAGAUAAGACAGUUAAGGUUUUAGAAUAAGUAUUAUUUACUGCAUUUAUAAUCAGUAUAAUGAUAUGAAUUCUUUUUCCUCAGCAUAUAUUUGGUCAUCAUCCGUUUACUAACAUCGAUGGGGUCGAUCCUGAUAUCAGCACUGCAAAAGAAGUAAUCAUUUGUUAUUGAAACUAUCAUCUGUUGUUGGGGUCCUGAUUUAUGGUACUUCUAAUUUUAUACGAUCACAGAAUGGCAAAAUCACUUCUAUUCUGACUAGCAGCAGUUUAGCUUAUUAUCUCGGGAAGAAAAUAAAUUUGAUCAACAGAUUGUUACAGAGAAAUUCCGAUUUCGUUGCGUUUUUAACAAAAAAAGAAAUUUGUUUAAACUGUUUGACACAAGUGCUCGUUGCCCAAGACAUUAUUGCAGUUGCUGGUAACGGGUUUGAUUUAAUGUUUUCAAUAACCACCGAUCGCAAAAACGAAACAUUGUUGUUAUUUCAAGAUGUACAAAUUGAGAAAUUUGGGGUCAAUUUCGAGUACGCGUAACUUGAGGCGAUAAGCGACGUCGACUUCCUUCAAUAACUCGAUUGUAAGUUGUGAGUGGCUCUACCGCAAUGGGCAUGCUCUUUCAAAUUGCAAGAUAGAAUGGAAAAUUUUCUAACGUUAUCAGCAUCGAUAAAGCCUAUUUGAACAUAACGUCAUGAUAGAAAGCCAAACUGCGUUAAACACAAAGGGCCUUGAUAACAUUAAGACCCGUAUCAUAAAUAAAUGCUGUUCAAUUCUCAACAGAAGCCAGAUAUGAGACGAAUCAAAUGGAGCCAGAAUUGGUUGCCUCGGUACUUUAACCAGCAUGUAUAUAUGCCUUUGAUAUAUUGCUUGGUAAGUUAAUGAAUUAAAUUUUAGAAGGCUUCAUUGAAAGUACUUUACUUGCUCUCACGUUUCUUGAGACAAGGAAUGUCUUUUGAUUAACACUAUUCUUCUUUGUUUACAACAGCUGGGAUUCAAGACUUAUCUUCAAGAUUUCAUUACAUUCAUAUCACUAAAAAACAGUGAGUUCAGAACUUAGCUGAAAUUAACAUCGUUUUUAAUUUGUCCUGAGUAUGAUAUAUUACUAAGAUAUAUGUUACUUGUCAAAAAAAUAACCUUGGAUGAUGGGGAAACAAUCUCUUUCAACUUGAACGUAGACCAGAGAGCGAUUUUAAUGGUAUGCUAGGAUUAAAAGAGAAGGAAACAGUCGCCCAUAUUUAGUCAAACGAGAUAUGUGGGAGAGGGGGGUAAGGGGAUUCUGACAAUCCUCAUUUCGCUCAAACUCAAGGUAGCAGAACAUUUCGGGUCGAUCAGAACCUGUAAUUAAGUGUUAACAACUGGGUUGAAAACGUAAAUUAGCCACCGUAAAGGGUAAAAAAGCUGACGUUUCGAGCGUUAGCCCUUCGUCAGAGCGAUCAUAAACUGUUUACUAGAAUUGGUAUUUCCUUUUUGGCCUUCAACUGAUACAGAAAACUCGUACUGUUUCGUUGAAGUGGACUCUUGUUGGCUAUCUCAGAUAAAAUGUAGUAACGUUGAUAAUUUUGCAAAAUAUGGAUUUAUUGUUCUGUUCAAUUUUUUUCAGGUACCAUGUGGCUCAAUCCACCCUCAAAAUCUCAUGUCAUUGUGUUUUUUAGUGGAAAACUUUUCUUUUUCAUGCACAAAGUGAUUCUCCCCUGGAUGUUGCUCUCAUUUUGGAAAAUGGUAAACUACUUUUUAUUUAUCAGUCUUAACUUAAACUAUAUAAGGAAGUCUCGUCACAAGAUGAAGCUACCUAGCUUAGCAAGUGGAGAUAAAGUAGGAGUGAAGAGCGUUGACAAAGAAACCGUAAUGGCUGAAUGACAGUUAGAGAAGCGUAGGGACACUGUCUUUGAAUCCGAGAGACCAGGGAUUUAGGAUUUUAUAUCCAUUAAUUUCAUGAUGCAUUUGAUUGAAGGAAAUGAAAGCAAGUGGUAGUCGUGAAAUUAUUACAACUUGUUAUAUCAUACAUUUAAAAUAAAUGAUAAAAUGUAUGCAAAUUAAGUUUUCUUAUUGAGUGGGCUCUUGUGGUUGGGUGAAAUUGUACAAUGUGGGCGGAGAAAACGUAGCUUCAGGGAUCUUGGACAACCUUUAGUUAGAUAGAUCUUGAAAAGGCAUUCUCGUGGUCGUGGGACUUUUUCAUCAAAACGGUGCAAUCACCCUGUCCCUUGUCAACUCUCAUUUUUAUUUCUUUUUUUUCAAAUAUUAGGUUGCUCUCAUGUUUCUUGCCGAGAUAGCAGCAGGUUACUGGUUGGCUCUUAUAUUUCAGGCAUCUCAUGUUGUUAGCGAGGUAUGUGUUUGAAGGUGCUUUACAGAUUGAAGUUUUAUUUAUAUGAAACGAUACGUACUAAAGACACAGGCAAUCUUCUCUGACUGAAACUGAGAGGCUAAAUUUGUGCAGUUACUAACAAAUUUUUUCAGGUUGUAACAUUUUUUAAAAUAUAUAUAUUUUUCUGAUCGUGCACCACCUCGUAAGUUACAACCACAUCUGGUUUAAAGGUGAUAUAACAAAUCUGACUGCACACAAAAUCAUCCAUUUCCCUUUUUUCUGUUUUCUUUUGGAAAGGUCGAAUGGCCACAGCCUGAUGAAAAAGGUGUUAUGAAAAGGGAUUGGUAUGUAUCUCCUCUCUUAACCUGUUAUCAAAGAGAUGGGUCACAUUUCAACAAUUUUGGUGACUGUAAAUGACACUCACCGGAGAUUUUCGUUGUAUCUUAAGGGCAGAGCUUCAGAUCGAGUCAACGUUGGACUAUGCAACAGACAGUUGGUUUUGGAAUGUUUUUACAGGUGAUGUAUAGGAUCCUUCUAGUUAAGAGAGUUGUAAAUAAGGUUUGUCUGCAUGAGUUUUUGCCAUCCCAUUUGGCUGGCUGUUUUGUUUUGUAUUGUUUUUUAUUGUAACGAGUGUAAGCAAAAAUGUUCAUAUUGGGCAUCUAGGCCUGGUCAAUUACCUUUGAUUUUAUUAUACAUCAGACAAAACCCUUGCGAUAGUUGCCUCUCGAGUCAUGCCCGAUAUACACAGUCUAGAUUCUUCUACGGUUUCCGUUCAUCAUUUGUGUCAUUCAGUGUCAUUCAUAUAAUAUAAGACAGUCUCAUGCGGGAGCUUAAAUGUGUACACUUAAGAUAACCAACCAAUCAUCCUUUCCCAUAUUUUCCAGGAGCUCUCAAUCAUCAAACAGCCCAUCACCUCUUCCCAGGAGUGAGUCAGUUUUACUAUCCUCAGAUUACUCCCAUCGUCCGUGAGACGUGUAAGGAGUAUGGGGUGAGGUACAAUUACAAGGAGAACUUCUUUCAGGCGCUUGGUGCUCAUAUUUCACAUCUGAAAGUACUUGGACAAGAGCAGGACAGACCAAUUGUCGCCAGGCCUGAAGUAAAGGCGGGGUGAAGACUCAAUGUGGGUUGUUAAGGUUUCCACAGUUGAUCUUUAAAACAAACAGUUUUUUUUGCCACUUGACUUAGCUGGGUGAUUUGAUUGUAAGAGUAAUUUUCAACUAUGUCGAAGGUAAUCCGAGAUGGACUGAUUUUGCUUUCGUUCUAAACAAUUAUUGGAUGGGUUUUCUUUUUGAUAUCCAGAAUAAUCAAGGUCGAAGUAGGGGCUAUCAGCCGAAGCCGAAGGGUGAGACUGAUAACCCUUGUCGAGAACAGACAUGAAGCAUACAAGCUUGAAGAAGAGUACGCUGUCCUAGUGGUACUCAAAUAUCAUUGCAUGCCAACCUUUCACUUUCGGGAGUCUUGUUUUAAGGUUACUUGUAAAUAUAGUUGAGUUGGUAAUGAAUAAAGAGUAAUGAAAAUUGAGUGGUCCAAUAGCAAGCUUGACGAGUACUCUGUACUAUUAGUGCUCAAAUCGCGCUGUUGAUGACCAAUAAC